AUGGAUCCUGACUACUCAUACUGCUCCUUCAAGCGGCGUAUCCUGCUAUGCUCGACUGUCGGCGGGUUCACCCACGCCGCCCCGGUCCUCGAGCUCGGCGCUGUACUCGCAGCCCGCGGCCACGAAGUCCACUUCGGAACCAACUCCGGCCAGGAGCACUGGGCGUCAGACUAUCCAUCCAUCACCCGCGUCCACAGCUUCGGUCCAGCCAUGCCAGACGCCGACGCCGAAGCGCACUACGCGCACAUGAUACAGUGGCGGCCCAGCGACGGCGUCGGAUCCAUCAUGGAAUCCAAGUAUCUCUUUGACUGCUACUGGCCGGACACUUGGUUCCAUUUACGCGAACUCAUGCUCGACACAGAAAUCAAGCCUGACAUGAUUAUCGCAGACUUUUUUGUCGAGGCCGCGGCCAAAGAUAUGAUGAUUGAGUUUGACGUCCCCAUUGCCGUCAUGCGGCCGCAGAUGCCGUAUCUCCUGGCGCCUGUGAGUUAUAUCCCCGGCCAGCCGGGCUUCCAGGUCGAUUUCACGCCCACGUCGGAGAAGGCUUCGAUUUGGUUCCGUAUCAGGAAUGAGAUUGUCUUGUUCUGGGCGCUGCCGCAUGUUUUUGCGUGGAUCAGCUGGACACGGGAGAUGCGGAAACGACAAGUCGUGAAGCAUUCGGUUCCAGUGGCGCCUAAACCGAACCACCUUGUGUUUGUCAACUGGUUCUUUGGACUUGAGCCGGCCAAAGACUUGCCACCACUUAUGCAAGUGGUUGGGCCGAUCUUGGGGGAUGAGUACCCUCCGCUCGAUGAAAGCUACCGAGCGUUUCUAGAGUCUUAUGAUAAGACGGUGUAUGUCGCUCUAGGCAUCCAUAUUGUACUUCCACCAGCAGAACUCCUGAAGAUACUCACCGGUCUUGUCAUGGCUAUAGAUGCAGGGCAUACCAACGGCGUCAUAUGGUCCACUGGGAAGUCAGCAAGGCAGAAUUUCGACAGAUCAGCACAUGUCAAAUCACCCAACGGUGACAAGCUUCCAGUCGGUGAUAUCAUGGAUGAGAAGCACGCCGAUAUCCGAGUCCCAUCUUUCGCUCCCCAGCGAGCCGUUCUCGAUCAUCCCAACACCAGGCUCUAUCUUACUCACGGAGGCGGAGUCGGUCUCGCCCUGGACAAGUUUGACUUGACUACCACUGAGAUCUCAGAAAAGAUCGGCCGAAUCGUAUCCGACGUUGACGGAUCCUUUGGCAGGAACGUUGAGCGUAUGAAGAGGAUAGCGCGCGUAGCAUCCCGACGUAAGGAACUUGCUGUCGACAUAGUCGAGGAGGUCAUCUUUGAUCACGAGUUGCGCUUGGUAGGCGGAAGAGCGCUGCGACCGAUGCACCUUCAGACGGCAGACAUGCGGAUGCCGGUGCGGAAGGCUAGGAACUGGGAUCUGUGGCUCGUCUCCGUCUCUAUGUUGGCGGUCGGGGGUGCAAUCUACUUCAUGGCCGCGAAGUAUGCUCGGCGACUCGAUUUAGGCAUCUUUAGAUUUGUCUCGGGUAUCGUCAUUGGCUUCGAAAAGUCGAUUAAGAGGGAAAGGUUGUCGAUAUUCCUGCACAUCAACACCGGCUACCUUACAAGCCAGCUCUACACUGUGAUGGGAAUUUCCAACGAACUGAUUGUCGUGCGGCUGGGCAACCCGGAUGUGAAGACUCUCUUAUCAGCAUGCCUAUUCCUCAUACUUGCCUUCGGAGCAUUGAAGGUCCUCAAGGCAUUAUGGAAUGGCCUCACAGGCCCGUUGGCCAAGAUACCUGGGCCGUGGCUCAAUAGGUUCACGGCUCUGCCCUGGAUGGUGGCAGUCGUCAGAGGCAAGGCGUUUGAGAAGGGGAUCAACUACAACCGUAAAUACGGUGACAUUGUCCGAGUCGCCCCCGAUCUCGUUCUCGUCUCCGACGAAAAGUCCGUCCACCAGAUUCUAGUAGGAAUGGACCUCCGAAAGAGCGUCCUGUAUGAAAAGUUCAGCCAAAACGAAGACGGCGUCACGCUCUUCACCAUGCGAGAUCGGUCGCAGUACCGCACCCGGCGAAGGCUCUUCUCUCAUGGCUUCUCCAUCAGUUACCUCAAGGGCCUUGAGCCGCUGAAGCUGAGUUGUAUCGAGGCGCUCGAGGAGUUCAUCGACAAUCAGUGCGCCCGGGAUGGAGGCGAAACCGUCAUUGAUGCUUGGAACCUCAUGGGCCGCCUGGCGUCCGACAUCAUGAGCGCAACUGCGUUUGGGGGCUCGUUUGAGUUGGUGAAGAAUGGAGAGCAUCCUAUCCGCAAGAAGUUCUCUGAGAGCUUUAAGAGGGGCACAAUUUAUCAACUCCUGCCCUUCUUGAAGUAUAUCCCCUUCCUACCCAAAUUUCGGGAUCCCGAACUUGCUCAACUCAUCAGUGAUAUCAUCGAAAAGAGGCAAGCGUCGACCGACAAGCUGGCCAAGCCUGACCUGCUACAGCUUCUCCUCGACACGCAUGAAAAGAACCCAGAGACAUUGUCGCGUAUCGAGGUGUUUUCCGAGAUGCUCGUCUUUUGGCUAGCGGGCAGCGAGACGACCGCUAGCACGCUCACAUUCGCAAUGAUGUUCUUGCUCAAUGACCCUCCUUCCUACCAGAACCUUGUCAACGAGAUUCGGGGGAGGUUUCCGUUAUCGAAUUCGCCGGUUUCAGACGACCAAAUGACGGACUUGCCGUUCUUGCACGCUGUUUUGAAAGAGACAAUGAGGCUUGCUCCUCCGGCAACUGGCGGGCUUCAAAGACAGACUGAUGAAGAUGUGAUUCUGUCUGAUCACUUGAUCCCAGCUGGGACUAGAGUGACUGCAAACACCACCGUACUGCACUGGGAUGAGAAGCAGUGGCCUGACGCAGAGAAGUUCGUUCCCGAGAGAUGGCUGUCUGACUACAAGGGCACGGCCGCCAACGAAAGAACGGCAUACUACCCCUUUUCUGCGGGAUCGCGGAACUGUAUUGGAAAACAUCUCAUGAACUUGUUCAUUUCACAGUCCUUCAUCUGA